AUGGGUUCAGUUUCAACCGACGGAUGGUAUGAUGAGACGGCGUACUCGACGCCCGAAGACGCCUUGAAGAAGAUGACGUACCCAUCCAGCAAGAUGCACAAGAAAGAGUUCUACCAGGAGGAACAGGAGAUCCUGAACCACAUCUGCGGCUGGUCACACGUCAUGAACAAAGAGUUCAACAAGUCCAUCGAGCCCGGCCGGCCCUUUUAUCUGUUCGAAGACGCCAUGACCUACGACAUCUACGGCUUCACUCCUCGCGGCGGCUUCCUCGAACACUUCAACGAGACGUUCCACUACUUCUCCAACUCCAAGUUCGAGAUGAAGGACCUCGAGGUGUUUGCCACGUCCAAGGACACGGGCUAUGCCACCAUGAUGCAACGUCUGACGGGUGGCGUGUCGGACGACGGCAAGCCCUUUGAGAUGACAUAUCGCAUCACAUACAUCUUGGCCAAGGUCGACGGGAAGUGGAAGUACGUCCACGAGCAUGUCUCCUUCCCCGUCAGCAUGGCCGAUAUGAAGGCCGACCCAACCUGCACCAUCGACCCGCUCAAGGCCUUCCGAGGCAUUGGAUCCUAG